CCAAAAUUCUGGGAAGAAGUUACACAUGAAACAAAAACGAAAACUCUUCUGGAACUUACACGAAGAAAACUCCGAAAUGUAGACUUGAAUGGCGAUUCCAAACUUUUGAAAUUUGUUAAAGCUGAAGUGACAGUAAAAAAAAUGCCACGAUCAUUUCUAGUCAAGAAAGUGAAAUGUGAUGAGGAUCGCCAACCAAACCAGUACCGAAUCAGGGACGUUUUUGAGGAGUCCGUAGCGAGUCUGAAGGCAGUUACACCCUUCACCCCGGUGGUACAGCCCCUGUCUGUCCGCAUCAGUAACGGUUACAUUCAAGAUGUUGUUGUUCCAACAUUGCCACAAAACUCGGCCACCGUAUUACAUGAUGUAGACUCAAGGAAUAGGUUCGAAGAAAAUCUUGUUGAAGAAACUCCCUCUCCCGAACCAGUUCCUGAUAAAAACUUGGAGGUUGAAGUUCGGACAUCUCUCCCUAAUAUGCACACUGUUGGUUAUACUUAUGAUGCGUUUUUUGUAAGCGAUGGAAGAGCAAGAAAGAACGCGUUUGGGAUCCCAACCAAAGCCCUGAAACAAAGAUAUACCUGCAACGAAUGCGGAAAAGAUUAUGCGACAUCAUCGAAUCUCUCACGUCACAAGCAAACACAUCGAAGUCUCGAAAGUCACUCAGCCAAGAAAUGUCCACACUGUGACAAAGUUUAUGUGAGCAUGCCUGCAUUGUCCAUGCAUAUUCUUACUCACGAACUUAAACACAAGUGCGAUAUUUGCGGUAAAGCGUUUUCUAGACCAUGGCUUCUUCAAGGUCACAGACGGUCUCACACCGGCGAAAAACCAUUCGGAUGCGCACACUGUGGCAAAGCUUUCGCUGAUAGAUCAAAUCUUCGAGCACAUAUGCAAACCCAUUCAGCAUUCAAACACUAUAAAUGCAAGAGAUGUGACAAAUCAUUUGCUCUAAAAUCAUACCUGAACAAGCAUUAUGAGUCGGCGUGUAUAAAAGAUGGGACCGAAUCUGAGACGGGCUCUGUAGUAUCCGAGAUAUCAGCAAUCUCGGAGAUAUCUUGUUAUUCCGACUGCUAAAAACUUGUGCACCUUCAAAGUAGACUCAUCACCAUUCUAAAGCAUUUCAAUCCCUGUGCCAACUUUCUGCAGUUACAAUUUCUUAAAACGACCCAUGUAAUUUCUUGUUAACAUUUUUCGUAGCAAUUUUCAUAUCAACAAAGAAUAGUUCCUAUUUUGGUAGAACUUUUUAUAGUAUUUUACACUUGUUCUCUUUCAAUAUCAUCACCAUUGUGUCUUCGUAUUGCAAACUGUUGUUUCUCUUUGUAAAUAUUUGCAGAAGGAAAUCAAGCAAUAUAAUUUUCGAUAUGCACAUCCCUUUCGAUAUACAUGUAGCGUUCGAAAGAAGCAUAAUUUAAAAUCGUCAAGAUUUAUUAUUUUGCCUUAAAGAUAUUCACUGUAUAAUUGCUUUAUUUUCUGUACAAAUAAUUUGCACAAUGUAGAGGUGUUUGAACAACAUUUGUUGUUGUCUGUAGUGCUUUUGUCGUUUGCUUCGCUUUGGGUUCAAAGCAAUCAUGAGUUAUCUAGUCCCUAUCAACUCUAGUCAGUCAAGAGGAACAACCGCUUCUUCGUUGACCCUUUAAUGUCUAUGAUAAUUCCAAGUCGAACAUGUAAGAAAGACAUCAAAAGAUGGUGUCUUUAUGUGAGUAGCAAAUCGUUGUGUUUUCAAUCGUAGACAGAAUUUUAGAAUGUAUUACUUUUACAUUGCAUUCAAGCUCUCUUUACGGUUGUGACUUUGUACAUACCUGACCUUGGUCAUGCUGUUGUCUGCUUUGGCAGCUUUAAGUUGUUUUUUGAUUAUCUUAAAUUUUAACAUUUUUUACCAUCAUUAAACAUUUUAUUUCACAUAAGUGCAGAAUUUUCACAUGUAUUUCUUUUCGAAAAUGUUUAGUA